UACAAACAAUGUUAUUACCGAAGGGGCUCUUUUCCACUGGAAUCGACCUGAAUAUCGAGCCUUGGAGACUCAAUAUCAUUAGGGAAUUUCACACUCAUCCUCUCCACUCUCACUUACGCUCUCCACGCUCACUCAGUCUACUGUGAGACACUCUCAUUCUUCCGGGAACUGUCAAGUCCUCGACCCUUAGAGAAAUUCCUCGUCCACAGAUUCACCCUCAGUUCUUCCCCCUAAAUUAAACCCUAAAUCCACACACUCACCCAAACACUCCGGCCACUCUGCCUCACUGAAUCCCGCUACCCAUACUGAAACCCACAAUCUUUAGAAGCUCGUAAAACACCAGUAUGGUUGUUGCAAAUGCUAGACAGAUUGAGGUUGCGCACCCUGGACCCAUUGAUGAUUCGGUAUUGACUCUGCAACCCGAACAUCGGUCAGAAGCUAUUUGGAAUGGGCAGGAUCCGGGGUCCCUUACUUGUCGCAGCCGUAGUGAAGAGUUCACCAAUCUAGAGCCAAUGGUGGAUGACCGAGUUGUUGACAUAAUUAAGGGACUUGGUUUGGAGGGACUCCUCAGGACCCCGGGUAGAGAGAUUGACCAUGGGCUGAUAACGGCCUUAGUGGAGCGAUGGCGGCCUGAGACUCACACCUUCCACAUGCCACAUGGUGAGGUCACCAUCACAUUGCAGGAUGUGGAGGUUCUUCUCGGGCUUCCUGUUGAUGGCGAGGCUAUAACAGGGAGCACGCAGAAAGAAUGGCCGACCGUGUGUCGGGACUUCCUUGGCUUUUCUGUUCAAAAUGAUAAUACAAAGGUGUUGCUAGGCCAGAGGAUUGUCAUCAAACGGCUUUUGGAGCAAGUUGCCAGUCCAUUGCCGCCUAAUGCUGAAGAGGAUCAGCUGUAUAAGUACGCACGGUGCUACAUCCUAGCACUAUUGGGGGACACAAUCUUCGUGGACAAAUCCGGCGAUAGGGUGCAUCUAAUGUGGGUGCAGCAGUUGGAAGACCUUCGCAACCCAAGAACGUACAGUUGGGGAAGUGCUUGCCUUGCAUGGUUGUACAGAGAGUUAUGUAGGGCAAGCGAUAAGACAGCCAGUCAGAUUGGUGGGUGCUUGUUGUUGGUCCAGUAUUGGGCAUGGGCCAGGUUCCCAUUUUUGUGCCCAAGAGUUGAGCGUGGCCCGCCAGUAGGUGCUUAUGGUCCUCCAAUGCGUGGUCCACUGUCCCUGAAGUGGUUGUGGGUACCAAACAAGAAAGACAGGCCCGCCCACAUCUUCAGGGACAGGUAUCGCGAGAAAAUAGCUUCAAUGUUGCCAGGCCAGGUGGUGUGGCAACCGUAUGAUGCUGAAUUACGCGACCUUCCGAAGUACUGCGUUGCAGGGAGGGCAAUGUGGAUGGCAACGGUGCCGCUUGUAUGUUUCCACCUAGUGGAGAAACAUACACCGGAUCGUGUCGUUCGUCAAUUUGGGAUGAUCCAAGAAAUUCCCCAACUUGUUGAUACUGAUACAGUGCUUCAUGGGAUUGAUUUGAGGGGAAAGGUUGGUGUUGAUUGGACGCGGAGACAUGCUGGGCAUAUCAUCGAGUGGGGUAAUCGCUUUGAACGGCGGUGUGAAGCAAUGCUUGGUGAUAUGCCUCCACACCAUGUGUACUUCAACUGGUUUCAUAGGAUAACUCGGAGGUUCAUCGAUCACAGGGGCGCUAAAUUGAUUCUAAUGAUUGAAGGAUACCUCCGUUUGUUGAGGCGUCACCCAGUGGGCACUCCAGACUAUAAGGACAUUACUGAUGUAUUGAAGGCAGUGAAUGAGAUUGACCGUGUACAACCUCAUAUCCCUGAGGCCUCGAAUGAGGAGGCAGCUACUCCUGAGGCAGCGGCUACUGAGAGGUCAAGCACGAGCACAGCUCCUACCGGAUGUGGCUCUUGUCCGCCUGUUGCUACCCCUCAAGUUGUCCCUACCCUUGAUCCCUCUCCAUCCACCCCACAUCCAUCUCCUAGCCCCAACAUCCCUUCACCCACCCCACAUCCAUCUCCUACUCCUAACAUCCCUCCACCCACCUCACAUCCAUGUCCCGGGUCUGACAUCCCUCCACCCACCCCACGAUCAUUUCCUAAGCUUUCACCAUCGUUUGACCUGCGUAUUGAUCCAACCCCUCCUGACAUGCACACGGAGCCACCCUCCCAUAUUACGUCUACUGGCCCUUCUUCGGGUAUCGACCCACCCCAUGUUCAGGCUGAGCAAGCUAUUGGGUUACCUGCAGAGCUAGAAGGUCAGCCGAAACACAUAUCAAAGGCACCUCCUUGUGGGAUAGGGGGUCAUAAACAUGGACACAAAGCUGGGCACAAGGCAUCUGACCAAGGACAUGCAAGAUCUCCUUCUCCGCACAGUAAACAUUAUACGAGACAGCAUAAGGUUCAGAAAAGGUAGCUGACAAAGAAUUUGUGAACAAGCAUUUUGAUGUGAAGAAAGGAUAGGCUAGUCUAGUAUUUUGUUGUGAACAAGUGUACAAAGUUAGGCAUGUAUAUUUUGUGAUGUAUUCUCCAUUAUGUGAACAAGCUGAAAUGAUAUAUAGAAAAUGCCUUUUUGGAAAUGAAUA